AUGAAGGAUGCGAAGAAAAGGCAGUGCUGGGGUGAGAAUUCGUCCCGUGAAAGAAGCUUUGAGCAAAGAGAGCUUUUUGCACCGCAUCUAGGAUUUAGGAAGGUGGAUCCAGACAGAUGGGAAUUCGCGAAUGAAGGUUUCUUGGGAGGGCAGAAGCAUCUGCUCAAGACCAUCAAGAGGAGGAGGAACGUCCCGCAGAAUCAGCAGCAGCAGCAUGGAGCCACGGCCUGCGUCGAAUUGGGACAGUUUGGAUUGGAAGGCGAGCUCGAGAGGUUGACACGGGACCGCAACUUGUUGAUGUCUGAAAUCGCGAAGCUGAAGCAGCAGCAACAGCACUCGAGGGAGCUGAUUGCAGCAAUGGAAGAUAGGUUGCAGAGAACAGAGAAUAAGCAGCAGCAGAUGCUGACUUUCCUCGCCAAAGGGCUCAGUAACCCAUCUUUCGUUCAGAACUUGGCACAAAGAAAGGAAUUGCAAAGUCUCGGCAUCGGAAAGAAGCGGAGAUUGACUGCUAGCCCGAGCUUGGAGAAUUUGCAAGCAGACCAAGAUCUAGAAGAGCUGGGGCCGAUUGAAUCCGAUAUGGAGACACUUCUCUAUGGUGCCUUGGAGAAUGAAUCAAGCAUCGACAUUGAAGACCCACUUGGAAGUUCGAUGCCAGGGACCAACGGUGAUGAGCUGGAUUCUGUGAACGAGACGAUCUGGGAGGAACUAUUGAAUGAGGACGCAAUUCCGGAGGAAGAGUGGCCACUCGGCGACGAAUCGGAUUUCGAGGUGGAUGUGGAGGAUUUGGUCGAGAACCCUCCGGAUUGGGGAGAGGACUUGAAUGAGCUGGCGGACCAAAUAGGUUAUCUCAGAUCGAAGCCAUGAUCGAUGUCACUGAACUAGUCCUCCUCUGCAACACCAUUCCUGACUAUAAUGAAGAUUUGUGGUAGGUCAAAUAAAUCCAUGUCCUUUAUAAGUGUGUUAUUAAAUAUGUGUGUGCGUGCUAGUCUGGCUUGUCAUCUAAUAGGAGAGUGUUGAGCAGGAGGGAAUGGUUGAAGUUGCAGAGGGGCCAAAUCAAAUGUUGCUUGAAUGCUUUGCUGGUUUCUCUGUAUCCUUGAUAAUUUUUUGAUUUGUCUAGCAUUCUGAUGGUAAAUGGUACUUGCUUUAGGUGGGUUACUUCUGAAUUUGUUCUUGCUGCUUUUGAUUUUCUUCUUCUUUCGAUUCAUUUUUGCAGGCGAACUCAGUUAAAAGACUCGUUGAAGCCACCAAAUUUACACGCCCAGAUCAUGGUCCCUCCAAUUUGUUUCAUUCAUCCCACCAAAUCUUAGAUGUAUAGAUUUGUUUGUUCAUGUAAAUUUUGGUUGAUUGAACCAGUAGAUUCAUGUUAAAAAAGUGGCCGUUCUAUAUAUAUAUUAAUUUGAAUUUCUGGCC